AUGAUCUGGCAAAUCCCUUACCGCAUCCGUCGUGCUAACGAGCGUCGUGGACAGCCUAUCAACCAUCCCCGUGCCGGCCUCAGCGACGAGCAAGAGUUCGAGGCCUGCUGGGAAAUGCUCAACCAGGCCCUAAAAGACAUCCACAAUCGAGACGCCGGAAAACUAUCCUUCGAGCAGCUCUACCGAGCUUCCUACAAGAUCGUACUCAAGCGCCGCGGUCCGGACCUUUUCGAAAAGGUCGGUGCCUUCGAGAGGCAAUGGUUCGCCGAGAAGGUCGUCCCGCCCAUUUUCGACCUGAUGGCCAGCCAUAUGGUCAGUCAUGCUCUCGGUGAGAUGCCUGGCACCACCGAUAACGAGCGGCGAGAGCUGGGAGAGCGGUUCCUGAAGGGAAUGCGCGAUUCGUGGGAGCAGCACAUGAGUGCCGUGGCUAUGAUAUCCGACAUCAUGAUGUACUUGGAUAGAGGACAGACCCAUGAUACCAACCAACCCCAGCUCUACAUGACCAUACUUGGCCUCUACAGAGAUAGCAUCCUACGCCGCCAGUUCACCAACAUCGAUGGUCCCCUCAGCGACGUUAUCAACGCCGUUGUUCUCGACCUCAUCAACAUGGAUCGAAAGGGCGACGUUAUCGACAAGAAUCUCGUUAAGCGGCUGCUUCAAAUGUACGAGCAGCUGGCAGAGACCGAUGACCUGGCAGACGACGACCGCCUCUACCUCACCACUUUCGAACCAGCGUACCUCGAGGACAGCAAGCGAUUCUACGCACAAGAGGUGGACCAAUUGCUCCGGGAGGGUGAUGCCGGCACCUGGUUGCGCCACACAAGCCGCCGACUGGUCGAAGAGGAAGAUCGCUGCGAGACGACAGUGUCCAAAUUGAGCCUCACGAAGAUUGUGAAAGUUGUCGACGACGAACUCAUCUCGAACCAUCUGGAUAGAUUCCUGGCGCUGGAGGGUAGUGGCCUCCGCGCCAUGAUCGACAACGACCGUAUCGAGGAUCUCUCUCUUCUCUACAGGAUCGUCGGCAGAGUCUCUGACGGCAUUGACAAAGUCAAGAAGAUCAUGCAGGCUCGGAUUGUCGAGCUUGGCCUGGAGAUUGAGAAGGCUCUGAAGGAUGCCAACUUCUCGGCGCAACAGCCCGGAGCAGAAGGAGAGGAGGCGGCAAAACCGCUCACUGGCUCAGCCCGCGUGACAGCCGCAGCCGUCAAGUGGGUUGAUGACGUCCUCAAACUCAAGGACAAGUUCGACACGUUCCUGCACGGCUGCUUCCAAAGCGACAAGAUACUCGAGUCCGCGCUGACUAAGAGUUUUUCCGAGUUCAUCAACCUUUUCAGUCGGAGCUCCGAAUUUGUGUCACUGUUCAUUGACGACAACUUGAAGAACGGCAUCCGAGGCAAGACCGAGGCUGAGGUUGAUGAGAGCAUGGAAAAGGCCAUCGUACUCGUGCGGUUCCUCCAGGACAGGGACAUGUUCCAGCGGUACUACCAGAAGCACUUAGCGCGCCGUCUUCUGCACGGAAAGUCCGAGAGUGAAGACGCUGAGAAGCAGCUGAUCUCACGGAUGAAACAAGAGAUCGGCAGUCACUUCACACAGCGAUUCGAGGGCAUGUUCAAGGACAUGGAUACUUCACGAGACCUCACCACGGGAUAUCGAGACUACAUCCGUGACCUUGGAGAUAUGGACCGCAAAAACAUCGACCUCGGAAUCAAUGUCCUCACCAGCAAUCACUGGCCUGCGGAGGGCAUGAUGCAGAAAUCGCAAGAUGGUCGUUUUAUCGAGUGCAAUUGGCCAGCCGAGAUCAAGGGUCUUCAAGCUAGUUUCUUCAAGUACUAUCUCACCGAGCGCAAUGGACGGGUCUUGACUUGGGUCGGAAACCUUGGUACCGCCGAUAUCAAGUGCGUGUUCCCAAAGGUGCCUGGAAAGGAGACCGGGCCGCUGAGCAAGGACCGACGGUACGAGCUCACUGUGUCUACUCACGGCAUGGUGGUGCUGCUGCUGUUCAACGAUUUGCCAGACGGUCAGUCGCUCAGUUACGAGGAGAUCCAGGCGCAGACCGAUAUCCCUCCCGGCGAUCUGAACCGUGCUUUGGCGUCGCUCUCACUGGCUCCCAAGUCCCGGGUCCUGCUCAAGGAGCCCAUGACCAAGACUAUCAAGCCAGGCGACAAAUUCUCCUACAACAGCUCUUUCGCCAGCAAACAGGUCAAGAUCAGGGCGCCGAUUGUCAGUGCCCAGUCCAAGGUCGAAGGUGACGAGGAGCGCAAGGAGACGGAGAAGAAGAACGACGAGAGCCGCAACCACAUCGUGGAUGCGGCGGUGGUCAGGAUCAUGAAGGCCCGCAAAGAGCUUGCGCACAACCAGCUCAUAUCUGAGGUGGUCACUGUGUUGACUGGUCGCUUCAAACCUGACAUCCCAAUGGUCAAGAAGCGCAUCGAAGACCUCAUCGCACGCGAGUACCUCGAGCGUGCCGAGGACACGGACGCGACCCAGCAGAGAUACCGCUACCUUGCGUGA